UUCUCUUGCUUCGUUUGUAGCUUCAACUGAGAGAGAACGACCAAGUGAACCUUGCACUCUUCUCUAAUCGGAGCACCUCUGAACUGCAGUCAUGGAUACUGAUGAGGAGUGUUCAAUUGUUCUUGAGCUAUCUGAAAAUGAUCCUUUCUUUGAUGAAAAGAAGAAAUUACUACAAAGUCAGGGUUUUAGUCCCAAGGAACGGAUAUAUCUCAGGAGCUCCUCAAAACCUGGUUGGAUGAGUGAUACUGUAAAGGUGUUGCUUCAGAUUGCACGAAUCAUACAGUUAAAUGAGCUGGAACUUUAUUUUGCUGAAGACGAUGCAUGCACAUCAGUGGAGAUUUACAGCCCCAGGAAUGAGUUGGAGGCUCUCAAUUCAAUUGUUUUGCUUACCGACAUGUCACUUUCUAGCUGUACACAUCUCGAUACAAAUAUCCUGCAAAGGUUACGGGAAACGAUUAUCGAUUUUAUUUCUGAUUUUGGGGACAAGAACAGUGUGAAGGGAGUAAUUGACAGAGAUCGCAGUUGUUACCAAGAAGAGCGCCUGAUAGAAUGGGGUGAAAGCAAUGGUGUAAAAACAGAGAUAAAGAUAGCUUAUGUUGAAGGAGAGGGUAGAGGUGCGAUAGCAAGGAAAGAUCUAAAAGUUGGGGACAUUGCUUUAGAAAUUCCAUUGUCCAUUAUAAUUUCUGAGGAGCUUGUGCAUGAAACCGAUAUGUAUCGUGUCUUAAAAGAAGUUGAUGGCAUAUCAUCCGAGACAAUAUUGCUAUUAUGGAGUAUGAAAGAGAAGUACAACUGUGAUUCAAAAUUCAAAAUUUACUUUGACACACUCCCCGAAAAAUUUAAUACAGGAUUGAGUUUUGGCUUUGAAGCAAUUACAAUGUUAGAUGGAACCUUGCUGUUGGAAGAGAUAAUACAUGCAAGACAGCACCUGCAUGCUCAAUAUGCUGAGUUGUUCCCCACUCUGAGCAAUGAUUUUCCUGAUAUAUUUCCACCAGAGCUGUACACAUGGGAUAAAUUUUUUUGGGCUUGUGAACUUUGGUACUCCAAUAGCAUGCAGAUAAUGUAUUCCGAUGGAAAGCUGAGAACAUGCUUGAUCCCGAUUGCUGGCUUUCUUAAUCAUUCACUAUGCCCACAUGUUAUGCACUAUGGCAAAGUAGAUACUGCAACAGAUUCAUUGAAAUUUUGUCUAUCAAGACCAUGCAGAUCUGGAGAAGAAUGCUACUUAAGCUACGGAAACUUCCCGAGUUGUCAUCUAAUUACCUUUUAUGGUUUCUCACCCCAAGGAGACAACCCAUAUGAUUUCAUUCCAUUAGAGAUUGGUGGUUCUGGUCUCGAUUCUAUUGAGGAUACACCCGUGUCCAACGUGACGGCUCACAUGGUGCGAGGUACUUGGCUCUCCAACAAUCACAGCAUAUUCUAUUAUGGCCUUCCUUCUUCAUUAUUGGAUCAUCUUCGGAGAUCUCGAAAUCCCAUGCUGCAAACUAAGACUUUCUUGCAAGGAAACUUGGAAAAUGAGGUGGAAAUUCUUGAGAAUCUUAUAUAUAUCUUUGAUGACAUGAUGGUCAUUAUGGGUGAGAUCGAUCUUGAUAACAGAGAAAGCUGCAAUUGGGAUAAAAAGUUGGCUAUGGAUUUUCGUAGUCUACAAAGACGAAUUGCCAAUUCUGUUUUAACUUCAUGUCAUACUGGAGUCUGCUUGUUGAAGAAUGAACUACAAAAGUGCAUGGCCGAGGACAUCCGGGGCUAAUUGAACAUCUUGGAUCACUGUGUCACUUGCUCCACCCACAAGAUGGUCAAUUGGACCUUGUAGUGUAAAUGUCAAUAAAAAUCAACAUGAAAAUUUGCUGUCAUUCGCUAUGUGGCCGAGCUUGGUUGCCCCACCCUAUGGCACGGGCAGCUCAUAGUGUCUUUUUAAUUGGUGAGCUAUUGGUGCCACUUGUUCUUUUGAUUAGUGCUAAUACAAAACCU